AUGUCUGCCACACAGCUGGAGGAGACAGAAAAUAUUUUUGACCUGAACGAGGCCAUCCCAGAGACAGAGCUGCUGGACAACAGCAUACAGAAGGGGCGUGCACAGCUGUCCGUCAAAGCCAGGAGGCACCGCCCCUCUCGCUCUCGCUUCCGAGACAGCGUCAGCUCCACGGAGGGAGAUGACAGUCUGGAGAGGAAGUGUUUGGACAGCCCUCUGCACUCCGUCCGUUCCCCCCUCCACUCCACCCUGCGAGGAGGCUCCUCCCCUUCGCCUGAUUCGCUCCUCUCCUCGUCCUCCCCUUGUCCCACCUUACGGAGCCCCGUCUUCUCCUUCGACACCUCCUCCUUACGGCGCUCCCCGGAGGAGGGCGGGACCGGGUCGCCUGCCCCUCGGGGGCGGUACCGCCAGCUGACAAAUGCCACGUCUCAGGAGGCCCUGGUGACCACGCCCAACAGCUCUCCCUCCAAGUCGUGUCCCAGUUCGGACUGCUCGCCUGUUUACAUUCGACGGGCACGAUGCCCAGACAGUGAGGUGUUAGUUUCAGAAGACAGUCGAGACACCAGCCCGGCCGACCCCGGCAACAACAGCCUUAUCUUCGACAAGAAGACCAAGAGGAGAUUCUUGGACCUGGGGGUCACGUUGAGACGCUCCUAUGUGAGAGUCAGAAAAGACAAGUCAAACAGACUGUCAAUGGGAAGCCGGGAGCCAUCUGAGAGCCCGUCCAGGUCCUCUGGCUCUUUCGUGCCUUUCUCCUGGUUCACUGACAGCACCAGGGGCUCCGUGUCAUCCGGGGCAACUCCGCCCUGCUCCCCCAAACUGGUCUCACAGGACUGCAGCCCCCGCAAGUCCAACUCCCAGGAGUCUGCCCUGAGUGAUGAGUUCUCACCGCCCCCCUGUAGUCCCCCCCACGCCUCCAGUGGGACCACAGCCGACUCGUCCUCCCGCUCUUCACAACGCUACCAGACCCUCUCCCAGUCCUCAGACGAGCCUAUAGACGAGCCGCUGUGCCUAGUGUCGUCGUGGAGCACCCAGCAGGUGUGCCAGUGGCUGAAGGGGUUGAACAUGGAGCAAUACAUCCCAGAGUUCACUGCCAGGGACAUCGACGGGGAGCAGCUCCUCCUGAUGGACGGCACCAAGCUCAAGGGUUUGGGAGUGAACAGUUCCACGGACCGCAGUGCACUGAAAAGGCGGAUCAAAGACAUUCACGCAGCAGCGGAAAAGGAGCGCAAGGCCCUGGACAAACUGGAACGCCAGAAAGAGAAACAGCGCAAAAAGGACCAGGAGCUACGCAAGCUAAACACAAGCUAG